UGCGCGAUAUUUGACUUUUUUUUUUCGCCGCGAGCUUAGCGACGCUGUCAGAGCACUGCCGCUGCCAGCUGGCGUUUCCGUUUUCAGGCUACGUGCUCAUUUCGAAUUCGAAGCCUGAAGCUAAGCCUGCCACGCAAUGUCGAAGCCGACGGUCGUGCUCGCCUACAGCGGCGGCCUGGACACCUCGUGCAUCCUGGCCUGGCUCAUCGAACAAGGAUACGACGUGGUCGCAUUCAUGGCCAACCUUGGGCAAGACGAAGACUUCGCUGCGGCUGAAAAGAAGGCGAAACGCAUCGGAGCCAAGAAGGUAAUUGUGGAGGACCUGCGGCGCGAGUUCGUGGAGCAGUUUGUGUUUCCAGCCCUGAGCGCGGGCGCUGUCUACGAGGAGCGCUACCUGCUAGGCACGGCGCUAGCCAGGCCUUGCAUCGGCCGGGCGCUGGCCGAGGUGGCCGCACGAGAAGGCGCCGCCUUCGUGUCGCACGGCGCCACGGGCAAGGGCAACGACCAGAUACGCUUCGAGCUCGCCUGCAGCGCACUGCUACCCAGCGUGCAGACCAUUGCUCCAUGGAGGAUACCCGAGUUCUACAACAAGUUCCAAGGACGCCAAGACCUCUUUCAAUAUGCCAAGGAGCGUGGGAUUGAGGUUCCGGUGACGCCGGCGGCACCCUGGAGUAUGGACGCCAACCUCAUGCACGUAAGCUACGAAUCCGGAGUUCUGGAGAACCCUGAAUCGCCGGCACCCGAGGACAUCUACACGAUGACGUGUGAUCCCAGGAAGGCACCCGAGGAAUCCGUGACACUCGAAAUUGAAUUUACGUGUGGAAAACCUACUAAGGUCACCAAUAUCUCCAACGGCAUUAAGAAGACAGACUCACUCGAGUUGUUCCUGUACUUGAACGAAAUUGGGGGCCACCAUGGCGUUGGGCGUAUUGACAUUGUUGAGAACCGGGUAAUCGGAAUGAAAUCUCGCGGCGUGUACGAGACGCCUGCCGGAACAGUCCUGCGAGCGGCUCAUCUGGACCUCGAGAUAUUCACUAUGGACAAGGAAGUACGAAGAAUAAAGCAGGGUCUGUCGCUGGAAUUCUCCCGUCAGGUGUACGGCGGAUUGUGGUACAGCCCCGAAGCAGAAUUUACUAGGCGCUGCAUAGAGUCGUCGCAGAGCUGCGUGACCGGCGCGGUGCGCCUGGACCUCUACAAGGGCCAGAUAUACAUCAAGGGCCGCCGGGCGCCCAACUCACUCUACAACCAGGAGCUGGUUAGCAUGGACGUCCAGGGAGAUUAUACGCCUUCCGACGCUGGUGGAUUCAUCAAAAUCCAAGCGCUGAGACUACGAGAAUGGCAUCGUGUCAAGAAUGCACUAAAGUAGAGAUCGACAGGCACCGAUAAUAUUCUCGUCCACGAAUGACGACUUUGAGUUGUAAUCACGCUAUAACGGCGGACUGUAUUCCAAGAUGGGUUGGAUAUUUGUUAGCUGUUAAAAAUAAAAAAUAGAAAAAAAAAUACAACGAACGUAUUUUAGGAUGGCUGUUUAAGAUGGAUAUAACUAGAGCUAUAACUGCGGCCACUUCACCACCUCCCUCGAACCCUAUCCCUUUCCCUUCCUUCCCUAAUACUAACUACCAAGAGAAGAUGUUGUUGAGGGGAAGUUCGAAGUAUGGCGGGACAGGAAAUAUCUACCUACCGACCUCCCGCAAAGUGCUUUGAAUGAGGCAAGGAAUGCUUCGGCAAAAAAGUUGGGGAAGAGUGAAACAGGCUUGGAGAUGAACAUGGGCGUACAAAGACGGAGAGAAAGUGUCAGUAAACAUUACAGGCGCGGGUGAAUGCCCGUGUUUGCUGACGCAAGCGCUGUCGUCACCAGCUGGGUAUAGAGGGGAGCAUGCGCACAACGGCGAAGGAGGGGAGGCAAUGAAAACAUUCCAGUAUUAUGUGAGCACCGUAUUCGUUGGCAGAAGUGCUAACGUCACAUGUUGGCUAUACAGGAGAAUGUGCAUGAAGAAAGGCAAAGCAAACGAAGCAAUGGAAACAUUCCGGGAUUCCUUGAGCGCUAGGAUUGGCUGGCGCGAGCAGUGACGCCACAAACAACGUAGUGAGAUACACACCCACAAAGGCAAACGGAGAGUGACAAUGAACAUUCCAAGAGCAGACGAGCGCCCGAAUAGGCUGGCGCAAACACUGAUGUCUGCAGCCGGGUGGAAAGGAUCAUGCGCACGAAGAACGUAGGAGAGGUAAUAGAAAGAUUCGAUGCGCUGAUGAGUGAACGGAUUGGUUGGCGCAAAGGCUGGUACCACCAGUAGCCCAAAGUGACUACUAGUGGAGAAAAUUUUUAAUGCGAAGCAUUCUAUGCCUCAUUCUAAUGUAGGCACUUUGCUGUUUGUAGGUUCCUGUUUUGCCUCGUUUCGGGUACAUUCAAUAGAAACAAAUACGCGGCCGCUUGUAUGAUCAAACCUAUGCUUCCAAGCUGUAAGAAUCGCACCGCUGGCACGAGUUGUUGGAACCUCAGUGCUGACACCCGUUGUUGCAAAUGGGCCGCAAGCCCCAAGGGUAGCGUUGGCCUGGCGGCCUGGGGCACAACUGGAAACAUCCGAAGGUCCUGGCAAAGCAUGAGUCGACUGCUAACAGAACAACUUGUUUAUUCUAACAUCGCAAAAGAGCGGGCGGUCAGGUCGACCGAAGUGGAGAGACGGGAGAGCACGUUACUCAACAGAAGAAAUCGGAGCCUCUCUCUUGGCGUCCGGGGGCAGCUGCUCUUAUACUCUCGGAGUUGAGGGCAAGAGGAAGGCCUCGUGACGAGACCACGUGACGGCGGGCACGGACAGACUGAGAGACACGUUGAGACGAGUGUAGUGACGCAUCCGCCAAGCUGGCGCCUGUCAGACCUCCUCGCUUCACACUUGGGGAGCUCCUCUCCCCGGCUGCCGCGCUUUGACAAGCGUGGGCACACACACACACACACACGCACACACGAAGACACGUGGCACUGAAACACGCCUGGACGCGCUUGGCGGGGAGGCUUUGCGGGAGCUCCGAACGGGCCAAAAUGUCCGCCGCUUUGAACGAAGCCCCGGCGUCCGUUGCAUCCGCGCCGGCUAUACCGCGCGUCGUAGGCGAAACGUAACAAAGCACAGAAACGCGAUGCCCUAACCAUUAGGCCACGAUCUUUCAUUAUUGCGAUUAGCAUUGUGAAACAAAGAAGUCUUCGCAGUAGAAGGGCGGAAAAAGGAAAGUUUAUUGCCCGAAGAACAGUAGCAACGCGUCCAUACUGGCCGUUGGAAUCAGCCAAGAAGUUCCUGACCACGAGUGCGCCGCUUGUGCUGAACGCACUUGUCUCCGUCGUCGUCCUCUGCCUCUAUAAUGUUUAACAAGCAUUCUUUGGAAACGUCGCCCAGUUUGCGGUAGGUAUCUAACCUCUUUCACAUACAAAGGAACCCAAGUUGUCUACGAGCUUGGGCCACUAGCCGUGUGCUGGCUGCUUUCUUGCUGAGCAGACAAUAUGAGCCCCUGGGUAUGUGCCCCCGAAUAGUCAACUUGCUGCCGGCUGCUGUCUGGCGUAUACUAGACAACUAAAGUCACUGGGUAUGUGCCCGAACAGACAAAUUCUGCAGGGUGCAUGUAAUCUUCGCAUGUGCCAAUUCUUUACCAAUCUCCAAGGAUGAAUGUGCCAAGGUGAUAAAGGUGGUACAUGGCCUAAAUAUUGUACGUUAAAGCGUAAGUGUCCCAUCCGCAACAGACACGUAGCUCGGCGUCGAUCGCGGCCACUUGAUCGAUAGCCAUUGCAACGAAGUCACAACCAGAAUACUAUGGAUAGUGGACAUUGCUACAAAGUUUCAUGUGAGGUGCAGUGAUUACAAGAUAUGCUUGGUCGUGCUAUCAUUUGGCAUUGAGGUUGGAAGCGAGAUUGCCACUUCGUCUGUGUGCUGAUGUGCAGUGGCUUAGCUAGGUCGUCUGGCACCUGGGGCCCGUAGGUCUUCUGUCACCCCACCCCCCCUCCGGGUGUAGCCCGCGGAAAGAGGGCUGUCUUCAGACGUAUAUGACCCCCCCCCCCCCCCUGGCCACUUGCACCCGGGGCACACGGCCCCCCGGCCCCCCUCGUUGCUACGCCACUGCUGAUGUGCCCAUAAGGUUUCGUGCCUCACCGAUGACCUGGGAAUACAAUAAUCAUGACAUCACAUUAAACAUAUCACCAAUUACACACCAAUCAUAAGAAAAGAUUGCUCGUCACAUUAACGUCGCCAAUUAUUUCCUCAGAAUGAAUUAGCCGUCAAUAAAAAAACUAUUAUUUGUCAGCGACAUUAGGCCACGGUCGCACGCACACUUCUCUCACACGAAAGGCAACUAGCUCUAUGAGACGUUUCUCACAUGAGAGACAUGCCAAUUUCUUGAACUCUUGCCUUGUCCAGCACGAAAAGCUUCGCUUGCAUCGAUUCCCACAGUGCGUGGGAUCUGAAUAAUUUUUUUCACUGUUGGGUCGACAGAAGCUCUAACAGUGCCUUGGGUUCCACGGAUGCGCACUCGCAGUUUGCUAUAUUCUUGGGUACAAGAUUCUAAAGCUUUCUGUUAUAACAAAAUGUUUUGCCGAAUGCUUUGUUUCAAUGUGAAUCAUUCGUUGCCUCAUUCACGGCACCUUUGCGGGAGGUCGGUAGGUGGGUAGGUAUUUCCUAUUUCGCCACACUUCUAACUUCAAUUAAUAAAAAGAAAUUCUUGACUGACAGUGGAAUGGAACGUCUACCUUUGAGCACAGUAGCAAAAUGCUGUAACUACGAACACGUUUUCGGCCUGGUAACGCUUUGCGUAAUCCAAAACGAUGCUGUGUAGCCAGCUACCAGUAAAUUGCUUCGCAUAACAUCGUUUCGCAGAGUUUGUGAGGUCUGUUUCAUUUUUUUUUCAGCUGCAGCGCUCAAGCACUGGCGUGUUCUGCGCAGGAAUAACCUGAAAGAUGUGUGCAGUGUUUCAGUCAUUUCAUUAAAACGCUCUUCUGAAAUUAAA